GGAAGUAAAUAGUCGCCAUGGCAUGUUAGCUAGAGUGAGAGGGGAUAACGUAGCAAGUUCAGCGUGGGUGCUCCUUUGAGUUUUAAAGAUAAACAUAAUUUACAGUCUUCAGAGUUAGUUGGUUGAACAUUGAAAAAUAAUAGACUUUCCCAGUCUGCAUUUAUAACAUAAAUACUUAACGAAAGUCGCGGAACUGUGCAGCGUGUUUGUGGCCUGGAAAGACGCAUGCUAGCGUAGCUAAGCUAACCAACGUUAACGCGGCUAUUUAGCUAGCUGUUAGCACCACAGCCUAGUCAAAGACCACUGAAGUGGCUAGUUUCCCCAGCUAAUGUCGGUUAUCCUUUUAAACAGAUAAGCAAAGUCACCUCAGCUGGCGUUAACUCUGGCCGCGGUGGAAGGAAAGUUCGGCUGGAUCUAAGAUGAUCAUUGAAAACCUCGAUGCCUUGAAAACAUGGCUGUCUGAAACCCUCGAGCCCAUCUGUGAUGCAGACCCCUCUGCCCUCGCAAAGUAUGUUGUCGCUUUGGUGAAGAAAGACAAAAGUGAAAAGGAACUUAAAGCCCUGUGCAUAGACCAGUUGGAUGUAUUUCUUCAGAAAGAGACCCAGCCGUUUGUGGAUAAGCUUUUUGAAGCCAUUAACAACAAAAACUACCUCCCGCAGCCAGUGGUACCAUCCACUCUGAUCAAAGUUGAGAAAGAUGAGCAGAAAAAAGAUGAGACAAAUCGGGAAGAUGAACGUGAGAAAAAGUUCCCUCGGCGAGUAAAUCACAGCCCACCGCAAUCAAGCUCUCGUUACAGCAGAGACGUCAGAAGAGGAGAUGAUCGCAAGAGAGAUGACCGCUCCAGGAAGAGGGAAUAUGACCGCAUCCCACCAAGGAGGGACUCGUACCGCGAUCGCUACAAUCGCAGGAGAGGCCGCAGUCGCAGUUACAGUCGUAGCCGCAGCCGGAGUUGGAGCAAGGAUCGCGUCCGAGACCGUGACAGAGAGAGGGACAGGGAUAGAGACCGGGACAGAGAUAGGGAUCGAGAUCGCAGCAGGAGCCGGUCACACAGCAGGACUCGGUCCAGAAGCAGGAGUAGAGAACGAGAUUCUGGAAAGUUGAAGUUUGAUCAUGAGCGUGUGGACCGGCCAGAGGGUAGUGAUGGCUACACCCCAGCAGCCUUGGUCUCCGCUGCAACAACAACUCACUUCCCCGUGCCAACACUGAGCAGCACCAUUACAGUCAUCGCUCCCACACAUCAUCAUAGCAACAACACCACUGAGAGUUGGUCAGACUUCCGACCGGGACACCCCGUGGAUCGUGGCCUUUUCAGCAGGGCACCACCCCCUCAACCGAGGAAGCGAUGCCGUGACUAUGAUGAAAAAGGCUUCUGCAUGAGAGGGGACAUGUGUCCUUUCGACCAUGGAAGUGACCCAGUUGUAGUGGAGGAUGUCAAUUUGCCCAACAUGCUGCCCUUCCAACCUCCACCAAUCCCAGGUGUGGACCCACCACCGCCCCCAGGCCUCCCACCUCCACCACCUCUCAUGAACCCCCCACCUGUGAACCUGCGGCCUCCCGUGCCCCCGCCAGGCGCCCUCCCACCCAGCCUUCCACCUGUUGCAGGUCCCCCUCCUCCACUCCCUCCUCUGCAACCGUCAGGCAUGGAUGCUCCGCCCAAUUCCAUGACCAGCUCUGUUCCCACGAUCGUCACCUCUGGGAUGCGCCCCUCACUUCCCCAGGCCUCAGUGCCACACUUCCCUUCUGACAACUAUGAGACAGAUGUGUACAACCCUGAGGCUCCCAGCAUCACCAAUACCUCCAGGCCGAUCUACCGCCAUCGGGUUAACGCCCAGAGACCCAACCUGAUUGGCCUCACAAUGGGGGAGGUAGACCAGCCACCGAGAGACAAGGUCCCAAACAACAGCAUGAGGAUCGUUAUGGAGUCUGACUCGAGGAAGAGACCAGCUGUGUCUCAUGAUGGAGGCCUCCCCUCCAAGAAACCCUGGUUUGACAAACCCAACUUCAACAAACCCAACCACCAGGGCUACCACAAAAGACCCCCAUUCUCUCUGAACACCAAGCUGCUGGUUCGGCAAAUUCCUCCAGAGCUCAACAACAUCAGCAAACUCAAUGAACAUUUCAGCAAGUUUGGCACCAUCGUUAACCUGCAGGUGGCCUUCCAGAAUGACCCAGAGGGGGCACUGAUCCAGUUUGCCUCUCCAGACGAGGCCAAGCGGGCUAUGCAAAGCACAGAGGCCGUUCUCAACAACCGCUUCAUCAGAGUGCACUGGUUUCGCGAUGACGGGAGUGACGGACAAGGCCAGUCUCACUCACAGCAGCAGCCUCAGCCGCAGCCCGCCAUGCAGCCCUCGGCCACGGCUUUGAAGCAGUCUGUCAAAGAUCGCCUCGGACCCCUGCUCACUGCAAACUCUGAGCCCUUACAAGAUUCCAGUGUAGCCUCUCAGAGUCCCUCUAAGGUGUCAGUGAAGGACCGUCUGGGUUUCUCUGCCAAACCAGCAGCUCCUGUUGAAAAAGUUUUUUCAACAUCCAUGGGCCUCACAAAGACCGUAUACAAUCCUGCUGCCAUGAAGGCAGCACAGAAAACCUCAGAGGAAGCCCUGAAGAAGAAACAGGAAGCUCUGAGACUACAGCAGGAUGUACGGAAGAAGAAGCAGGAGAUAUUGGAGAAGCACAUUGAGACACAGAAGCUCCUGAUAUCCAAACUUGAGAAGAACAAAGCGAUGAAGGCGGAGGAUAAGGCCAAGAUCAUGGAAACUUUGGGCACACUAACCAAGAGCAUCACCAAACUGCAAGAGGAGAUAAAGGGAAUCUCAAGCAGCAGCUCGCUACGCACAGCCAAGAGCAAGGCUCAGGCACAGAAGGAGCUGCUGGACGCAGAGCUGGACCUGUACAAGAAGACCCAGGCUGGAGAGGACACGGCUUUGUUGAAGAUCAAGUACACACAGCUGCAAAUUGAGGCAGCUAAAAGAGGAAUCCUGACACCAGGACGAGGCCGGGGGGUCCACCCUCGAGGCCGUGGGGCUCACAGGGCCAGGGGAAGAGGCUCCAGAGGGCGUGGAAGAGGUGUGCCAGUGCACGCAGUCGUGGACCAUCGACCACGUGCGAUGGAGAUUUCUGGUUUCAGCGAAGCAGACCAUGUGGACCUGCUGCCACACUUUGCUCAAUUUGGAGAGAUUGAAGAUUGCCAGAUGAAUGAAAACAACCUGUCUGCAGUCAUCACAUACAAGACAAGAGCGGAGGCAGAACAGGCGGCUCUUCAUGGAGUCAGGUUCAACAACCAGACUUUACGCCUGGCCUGGCACAAGGCUGUCACAGCUCUCAGUACUGCGGAUGCUGAUGAGGCAGAGCCAGAGGAGGAUGAGUACCCGGAAGAGUCGCUGAGUGACGACGCAUUGCUGCAAGAUGACGAUGAGGAAGAAGACGACAACGAGCCUCGCUCCUGGCGCAGAUGAAGAUCAACCAGACGCUCUUCCCUGGCUGCACUGGUGUGGAAGACGAGCAACAAUCCAGCAACUUUAUAAGAUUUCAACACCUGGUCAUAAACCCACAAGUCAUAUUUCACUCUGGCUAGACUUUUUUUUUUUUCUUCACAAAUGUGUAACAGGCAGAAGAACCAUGUGCAAGUUUGAUAACUUUUAAUGUGUAUACCAGAUGCAACAACAGUGAAUUUUUUUAAUGCUCUUACUGUAGAAAUAGUUCUGUUUUUUUUUUUUGUUAUUUUGGUUCACAAACACAAAUAUUUUGUCUGAACACGUGAUAGCCGAUCACUUUAAAGACACAUUUGCUGAACUCUUGGUUUAAAGUAAACAGAAACCUGUGUUGUAAUUUAACAGAAUGACAGACUGUAGCUUUUGCAGGACAGCAUUAGGUUGACUGGUUUAAAUUCUCAUGUGUAAAUAUUUUAUGUCUGAGUUUAAAUGAUUUGUAUGAAAGCUUGGCUUCUCAGUUCUUGGCUUUACUUUGGAUUGUACAAAAAAUAAAGAAUUGAAAUGGUCUGAAAACAUCCUGCCAAAAACAAAACAAAAAAAGACAAAAGAAAAAAGAAAAUCAAAAAAUGCAAAUGUUAUGGCAGUGAAAAAAGUCCGAAAAGAGCUGAAAAAAGACCAUUUCAAAAAACAAAAAAAAAAUCUU